CAUAAAAAAGGAGGCGAAAGAUGGCCGAAAAAGGAUUUUUCUGCUUCGUUUUUAUUCCUGCGAGAUCGACGAGGUCGAGCGUUGCCUUGGACGAAGAGAGAAGUCGCCGAGGGCGAGCCGAGGGCUGAGCGAUGGGGUCUUGUUGCUCGUCGUUGCCGCCGGAGAACCGCCUCCCAGGUGAGGCAGCCGUGGAGGCCCCAGAGGAGAAGAUGAAAAACCUCCCCAAUUUGCAUACGAAUCAUCACCAGCCUCGCCGGUCGUUCUCGCCCGUACCAGACGGAGGCGGAGGCGAUGAGGAGGGGGUCCCGCCUUUUGCGGAGUUCUCGCUUCCUGAGCUUAAGGCCGCCACGAAUGGGUUCAGCUCCAAGAACAUCGUCUCCGAGAGCGGCGAUAAGGCUCCGAAUCUCGUCUACAAGGGCAGGCUGCAGAAUCGUCGGUGGAUUGCCGUGAAGAAGUUCUCCAGGGCGGCCUGGCCGGAUCCCAAGCAGUUCGCUGAGGAGGCUUGGGGAGUUGGAAAAUUGAGGCACCGGAGGCUCGCAAAUUUGAUUGGAUACUGCUGUGAUGGCAACGAGAGACUUCUUGUAGCAGAGUAUAUGCCCAACGACACUCUUGCCAAGCAUCUUUUCCACUGGGAAAAUCAGACUAUUGAAUGGGCCAUGCGUCUCAGGGUUGCAUGUUUUAUUGCAGAAGCCUUGGAAGACUGUAGCAAUGAGGGUCGACCAUUGUAUCAUGACCUAAAUGCAUAUAGAGUUCUUUUUGAUGAGGAUGGUGAUCCACGUCUCUCUUGUUUUGGUCACAUGAAAAACAGCAGGGAUGGAAAGAGUUAUAGCACAAACCUCGCUUAUACACCACCGGAGUAUUUGAGAAAUGGGAGGGUCACACCAGAGAGUGUGAUUUUCAGCUUUGGUACUAUCCUCCUAGAUCUUCUCAGUGGGAAACACAUUCCUCCUAGCCAUGCUCUCGACAUGAUUAGGGGGAAAAAUAUUCUAGUUCUAAUGGAUUCACACUUGGAGGGAAAUUUCUCAACUGAAGAGGCAACUUCAGUUGUCGACCUUGCUUCUCAGUGCUUGCAAUAUGAACCAAGGGAUCGGCCCGACAUAAAGAAGCUUGUUGCUACUCUAGCACCACUGCAAACCAAAUCAGAUGUGCCAUCUCAUGUGAUGCUGGGAAUACAAAAACGUGAAGAAGCUCCUCCCACUACACUGCAUCCCUUAUCCCCAUUAGGAGAAGCUUGCUCUAGAAUGGACCUUACUGCUAUCCAUCAGAUUUUAGUAAUGGCGCACUAUAGAGAAGAUCAGACGACUAAUGAACUAUCAUUCCAGGAGUGGACCCAGCAAAUGAGGGAUAUACUUGAUGCCAGAAAGAAGGGGGACUUUGCUUUCCGUGAUAAAGAUUUGAAGACAGCAAUCGAGUGUUACUCACAGUUCAUAGAUGUGGGAACAAUGGUCUCACCUACAGUAUAUGCGAGACGAAGCUUGUGCCAUCUUAUGUGUGAUCAACCAGAUGCUGCUCUUCGUGAUGCGAUGCAAGCACAGUACAUCUAUCCCGAUUGGCACACAGCAUUUUAUAUGCAAGCAGUAGCCCUUUCUAAGCUCAACAUGCAAAGCGAUGCUAUGGAUAUGUUGCAAGAAGCUGCCAUGCUAGAAGAAAAGAGGCAAAAGGGUGGAAAAGUUCCCUAGGAUGCAAAAGUUUCUCAUUUGAUAAUCAUAUUUUCCUGCCCUGUGGUUAUAUUUUUUUGUCAAUGGGUUUCGAGAACCGUUGCAAUGUGAUCAUUGUGCCAGUCAGAAAUUGUAGCAUAGCUAAUUCACUUGGACUAUGUUGAUGUAUUUGGGCUGCCUUUCUGUAAUUUUUGUUAUCUCAGUGUAUAGGAUAUUCAAUCAAACCAAAUUUGUCUUUUCAUGAAGUAUAAUGCAUUUAUUUUUACAU